AUGACCACCGUGUCCUUCACCUUUCGGCGUGGCGGGGCUGUGGUAAAAGACAUUUACAUGCAGUCCACCUGGUUGAACUUCGGGGGGCCUUCUUUUUCGGGCAGCGGGUCGUGGCAGAUCUUCCUCAUGAUCCUCUGGCUUCUGAUGAAUUGCAAGAUUUUGUUUGGCGAGCUCGCCGAGAUGCGGCAAAUCGCGAAGGAUACGCCGAGCGUGUGGCGGUUCUGCGUGAGCUACUUUCAGCCGUGGCAGUAUGGAUGUGUCAGGGUUGAAAUCGACAAAGUUGAAAUAAUUUGCCAUGCAUAAAAUGGAUGCCAGCUGGAACCCAGUAUCCAAGUGGCGCAGGACAAAUCUUUGUGGCCCUUAAAUCCAGUUUGUCAUGCUGUUUGGGCAAAGAAGAGUGAUUUUCUCAUGCUACUUUAGCAGCUCGAGCUGUAACCCCAAACAGGCUUACAAUCGGCCUCACUUGCCUGCUCUGCAACACACGUGCCUCGGGUCAUGCAUUUUAUGCAUGACAAACUAUUUCAACUCUGACGAUUUCAAACCUGACACAUCCAUAGGCAGAUCGUAGACUGGAUCACGGUGUUGUCCGCCGCGAAUUUGGUCGCGUUCUUCUUCUAUCAAAUGUAAAAAUGUCUGGGUCCUCUGGAAGGAUACAACUUGCGAUGCUGCUCUUGGAAUCUACCUGAAAACUGUAUUGCAUGGACAGCAAAAGAGGUGUAAUUUGUGCUACGCGGACAGGACAUUUCUCAUUCGGUAUCAGCAUAAGAAAGCCCUCGCACAAUCUCUGGUGCUAGGGCAUGCAUCACAGACCUCAUGGGUCAUGCAAAAUCUGCAUGACAAACUCCUGCAUUCUUCCAGACGCAGACAUUUUUGCAAUCCAUAUCUUCGCCGAGGAUGCCGCGAAGCAGGACCUCCGCGCCAAUAUUGCCACCAUCUCCGACGGCGGCCUGUACGAUCUCACACUGGACGUGAUGCAAGCGCAUGAGCGGUUCAGCGCGGUGCUCUACGUCUACGUGCUCAUUUCCCUGGUCCGGUUGUUCAAGGGGUAUUCCGCCCAGCCAAGGCUCGGAGUCGUCACGUCCACCAUGGUUAGUGCAGCGAGCGACACCCUGCACUUCCUAGUGGUUUUUUCUUCGGUAUUUUUUGCUUACGCGCUUGCAGGUGUGAUCGUGUUCGGGCGACAUUUGCCAGAGUUUGCAACGCUGGAGGCCUCGACGACUACUUGUUGGCGAAUCGUGUUUUGGGAUUUCGAUUACGAGAAGAUGUUCCACGUUGCCCCCGACGAAACUGUGGUUUUAUUUUUCUCUUUUAUGCUGCUCGUGGUCCUGAUCAUGUUGAACAUGUUGUUGGCGAUCAUUAUGAAAGCCUAUCUGGACGUCAAAGCGAACCGAACGUACGCACGCGCCGAAACGCUGUACUCUCAGGCAAGAGAGUCGCUUCUUCGCUUCAUUCGAAUUCGACGCGGGGAGCAGGUUAUCAAAUGCAAAAGUGUCUGGGUCUGGAAUGUUGCCGGGUUUGUCAUGCAUAUUUUGCAUGACCCAGGAUGUGGAUGUCUGUAAUGCACGACCUAGCAUCACAGAUUUAGAUUUUUAGAGGGCUUCCUGAUGCCUACUCCGCAUGACAAAUGCCCUCCCCGCGAAGCGCAAACUAGACUCCUCUUGCUGGUCAUGCAAUGCAAACUUUUUUAGAGUCCAAAAAAGCAUGACAAGUUGCAAUCUUCCAGACCCAGACGCUUUUGCAUUUGAUGCAGAUCAGUCUACGGCACAUACGUGAUAAACUUCUCGAGCGCACGCGCGAGAAAAUAAAACAGGAACGAUCGUCGAUCAGAGGCCCAACUGUUGCCACGGGAUCAGGUAAGAGCUCGACAAAUAAAAGUUGUUGGUGCUCUGGUGCCACAUCAGUGCAGGUUUGCUGUCUUUCAAGUACACCUCAUAAAGAACAAAGUGUGAUGCUUUCAACUGGUAAAAGAAUAAGCGAGUGGAAGUGGAACCCGAGCACCUGCAAAUCCUCAACAUAAAAAACAAAAACCUCCUCUAUAAUCGAUGGAGUGUUUAUUUGUAGAGGACCGACCCGCCCCAACUAUUUAAUUACGAAUUUGUGCUGGCAGCUGAAAUUACGAAACUGAAAGCCUAUGUUGUCCUUCGUUGAAUUUCAGACGCGGGCACUAUCUUCACAUAUUCUCUUCAGCUUCACUCCUUUAUGAGAAAUGAAUAACUAACACUAACAGACAUUUCGAUUUCCUGUUCUUCGUCAUCUGGUGUGCCCAAACAAGAUGAAGAGGAAUCCCACGAAGAAGAUCGCCAGGGACAAUCUGCCACCUAUUUCGACAAAAAGAAAGGACGAAAGGGUGGCGAUGUUUCAGCGUCAAGCACUCCACCUGCUCCACCACCGUACCACAACCCGGUGCAAAUUAUAGAACGUCCGACAGUGGGGGAUGCUCAGCACGACAACAGCGGCCACGUAGUUGCAGGCGAAAAAACCGAUGACAGUGGGGCUGGCUUGCAAAUCGAGGGGCAGCAUACUCGCAUGAUGGCUGGAGGACCCCGGGCGUCGGUCUUUCACACUGUGGUCACCCACGUUCCAACAUCCAGCAAAGCGAUCAGAUGCAGUGGGGGUGAUCGAUGGAACGGGGAACAAGAACUGGGCUGCCAAACUGGCGAGGAGCGCUACUCGGUUUCUCCUUUCAAAUGA